AUGUCUCCUGCAUUCUCUCGGUGGGUGUUAGUCGUCGCGGCCUUUUUCAUUCAAGGUUCCGUGUUAUCUAUCGACAUCGAGCAGCCCAUCGUGAAGACGUCAACCGCGACUUUCCUGGGUAAGCGACUCGAUAUUCGACCUCAUCAGCUUCCGAACGAUUACCAUCGUAGUGUAUCGGCUUUCACGCGGAUCCCGUACGCCGAGCCGCCCAUAGGCCAACUCAGGUUCACAAGACCCGUCGCCAGGGUUGUCGAGGGGGAGUUCGACGCAACUCGAUCAACUGUGGUUUGUCCGCAACCAAGGAAUGAGAUCUGGGAGAUCAAACCAGAACAGUCGGAGGAUUGUCUUACUCUCGAUAUAUUUGUUCCUAAUCCAAAGCCCCACGGUGCAGCGGUUAUGAUGUGGAUACACGGUGGCGGCUACCACAUAGGAACCGGCUCCAUACCCGGUCAGCUCCCUGCGCCAUUGGCUGCUUUCAAUGACGUCAUCGUGGUCACUAUCAAUUACAGACUUGGACCUUUGGGAUUCUUGGCUACUGGUGACGGGUCCAUACCAGCAAACCUUGGUCUGUUAGAUCAAAGACAAGCGCUAAUCUGGAUUCAACACAAUAUUGAAGCCUUCGGAGGUGACCCUAACAGGGUGACGAUCUUCGGGGAGAGCGCCGGGUCGGCAAGCGUCAAUUUACACCUUCUAUCUACCAUGAGUGCUGGUCUCUUCUCCCGAGCAAUCAUGCAGAGUGGAGCUGUCACACCAACGUGGACCCAUCACAUUGACAUGGCGGAAGCAGUUCAGAUGACCCUUAACGUAGCUAAAGCUGUUGGCUGUGACGUCAAUACUUCAAGCGAAUUGGUGCGGUGUCUCAAACACGUACCAGCUAAAGAUUUCAUUGAGAUCUACAAUGAUGGGUCGUCGGUGAUCUCAAGCGAAUUAUUCGUUCAUCCCGUGGCUGAUGGUCAGUUCUUGCCCAAUGACCUGAUCAAGAUGGCGUCGAGGGGAUCGUUCAAUCAAGUUGACGUCAUGAUCGGCUGCAUGCGGAAUGAGGGAUCUAUCUUCAUCAUCCCCUCCAUGAUGGGUCAGGAAGGUACCGAACCUCUUCCUAUGAACCACUCAACCUUCCGCGAGGUCAUAGCAAUGAACCUAAACACGAAUGACCCUAUCACUCUCGAUAUAGCCCAACAUCUGUUUGCAACAGAAGAUGAGUUGUCUAAUCCCGAUGCCGACUUCAUAUCACCGGCUACCAAACUGAUCGGCCAGGCCAUGUUCCUCUGUCCGACCUUUGACCUCUCCGAUGACCUGUCGAGGGCGGGGCGGGACGUCUACUCCUACCUCAUGCCCCACGUCCCCUCCUUCUCGGUCUGGGGCAGCACGUACGACUGGCUAGGUGCCGCUCACGCUGAGGAUAUCCCUUUUGUCUUCGGUUCAUCUUUCAUGAGCGAUCCCGAUGGCGACGCCGCACUGACUGGUCGAUUCGGCAACGAACAGGAGGUCGAGAUGUCGCUCCAGAUGAUGAGAUACUGGUCCAAUUUUGCGAAAACCGGGUAA